GGUCAUGCGGCCAGGCCAACUCAGGAGGAGGCCACGCCUCGCCCCCAGCUCACGGAGUGGCGUCACUUCCGGCGUGUGCGUCUGGCGCCCGCUCGCCGUGGGAUGGCGGCUCUGAGGAGCUGGCUGUCGCGGAGCGUAAUUUCCCUUUUCAGGUACAGACAGUGUGUUCCUGUUGUGGCUGACUUUAAAAAGCGCUGUUUCUCAGAAUUGAUAAGACCAUGGCACAAAACUUUGGCAGUUGGAUUUGGUGUAACCCUGUGUGCAAUUCCUAUCGCACAGAAAUCAGAGCCUCAUUCUCUUAGUAACGAUGCCCUGAUGAGGAGGGCUGUGUCUUUGGUGACAGAUAGCACCUCUACCUUUCUCUCUCAGACCACAUAUGCAUUGAUUGAAGCAGUCACUGAAUACACUAAGGCUGUUUAUGCCUUAAUUUCUUUGUACCGACAAUAUACAAGUUUACUUGGGAAAAUGAAUUCACAGGAGGAAGAUGAAGUAUGGCAGGUGAUCAUUGGAGCCAGAGUUGAGAUGACCUCAAAACAACAAGAAUACUUGAAGCUGGAAACCACCUGGAUGACUGCAGUUGGUCUUUCAGAGAUGGCAGCAGAAGCUGCAUACCAGACUGGAGCAGAUCAGGCCUCUAUAACUGCCAGGAACCACAUCCAGCUGGUGAAAUCGCAGGUGCAGGAGGUGCGCCAGCUCUCCCAGAAAGCAGAAACCAAGUUGGCAGAAGCACAGACAGAAGAACUCCGUCAGAAAGCAAAGGAAGAAGGGAACGAGAGGGCUGAGCCAGAGCAGGAGGCCUACCUGCGUGAAGAUUGAGGGUCUGAGCUGCUGCCCCCAUCUGCCCACUCAGUCUGGGGAAGCAAGGGCAGAUGCCAUCUGGGCCAGAGUCAUCACAGCCUUCUCUACACAGAGGAGGCGGCAUGUCCUGCCCGGUCUAUCAGCCCAGAAGCCUUUGUGAGCCGUGAGCACUUGUCCCCUUUGCCCAUGGUCUCAGGCUCCUGGCCCUGUAGAAGCCCGCACCCAGGAGCCCCACACCCUGCUUAUUAACACCUCACCUGCUCAGCACAGCCACCCUCUCACCCUCCAGUCUUUAUGUUUCCCACACAGAGCGUCUCAUUAGCCUGGCCAGAGAGAGGUGUCCUUCUGCCAUGCCCACAAGUUCAUUAGCUGUUAAACCUGUUUCCAAUCUUACAUUUUCAGAUAUGAUUUAGUAUUUGCUUCCUUCACAAGGAUGUGCAUUUUGGGGGAAAUGGGGAGCCUGUCCUGUUUCUAAGAAUUAUUUUUUUAGGUUUCUGAUCUGGCCAAAAGCCCAUUAUUGAGCUGAAUGCAGUGUAUGUACCUGGUGCUCUUAACAGGACAUAUUCCAACACAUGUUUCUCGUUUCCUUAUUUCAAAUUUCUCUGCUGUAUCUGAAAUAAUAAUAAUUUUUUUGUAUUAAAAAAAAAUGUGACGGUCUUCCGGGGAAAUGGCGGCUCCCUCCCGUGCCCCGGAGUCCCCGCCGGCUGUGAAUCCCGCGCUAGCGGCUAGGGCUGCCGAGGAAGCCGAGUGCCCGCCACCUCGCCAGCCGCAGCCCCAGCGCAAUGUCCUCGCUGCCCCACGGCUUCGAGCCCCAAACUCCCGAGGACUUGGGGCCGCAGAGUUUGGCAGAGCUGCAGGAGAUGUUGAAGUGCCAGGAGAGACUUUUGCACAACAAAAAAUUCAUUUGCAAAUUGCCCGAUAAAGGUAAAAAGGUCUUAGGCUCUGUUGUCAAACUGAAAGCUGUCAUCACAGAACGUGAAGAAGCUAGAGUAAAAAGUGAACUGUUUCAUCCUGUUAGUAUAGACUGUAAGCUAAGGCAAAAAGCAAUUGCAGUUAUUGAUGUGGACACGGAUAAGGCCCAGAAUUCUGACCAGAUACUUGAUACUUCAUCACUAGUUCCCAGCUGUUCCUCCAUAGAUACCGUCGUUAUGUAAAGCAACUUCGCAACAACAGGGACUUGUACAUCCUAUUCACAAAGGUGAUGAAGAGGCUCCAGACAUUGAGUACACAGUGAACAAGUGUCCAGCUUCCAGCAGCAGAACCAGUGCGCCUUCCUCAUCUGAAGCCAGUGAGCGUCUCCCUCAGCAUCGUGUUUCAGGUCAAGCAGAAGAUAAUUCUAGCAGCUCUGACCACCUGUUUAUUGAUAGGUCACAAAGGAUCACAGUUGCGGACCCAGAUGAGCACCACUCACAAGAAAAUACUGGUGCUGAGAAUGAGAUAGGCUUUGGUAGUGGGACACAGAAGAAACCUCAUUACAUGGAAGUGCUAGAAAUUUGAGCCCAAAACCCUGUGCCCCCACCACAUAAAUUUAAAACCAACGCAUUACCUUCACAACAAAAGGAUUCAUUCAGUCAUUGGCAGAGGGGAGGGUCCCCCAUUUCCUCAGCAGAAAGACGGCACAGGGAUAAGAAGCAUCUUGAUGACAUAACAGCAGCUCGGCUUCUGCUGCUUCACCAUCUGCCUUCACAGCUCCUCUCCAUAGAAGACUCUUUGGCACUUCAGAAACAGCAGAAACAGAAUUAUGAGGAGAUGGAAGCCAAGCUCGAAGCACAAAAAUUAGCAGAAAGACUGAAUAUUAAAAUGCAGAGCUAUGCUCCAGAAGGGGAGACUUGGAGGAAGUACUGAGAAGUAAGGGAUGAAGAUGAUCCGUCCUCUGACGAUGAAUUCUGAAGUGGGCUUUGGGAUAAGCUCCUGCAUCUGUGCCUGUUGAGAUGUCAUUAUCUUACAUCAGACUUGCUAACAAGUAUCAAGAUCAGUGUCAGACAUUGAGGGAAAGAAUUUAUAAAGUUAUAAAAAAAAGGUAGCUAUAAAAGUAGCCCAGUUUAUCUUUCAGAAGAUAACUCUGUGCUUGAAAAGUUUCAUAUUUGAAUAUUGUUUAGUCACAUUGUAUUAAAAUUUCGCAGUA